UGCAGUCGCUCAGUGCUUGGUGUGGGUGUACGCCACGUGAACGUUCUUUUUCUUUCUCUUUUUUUUUUUCUCUUUAUUUUUUAUCGGAACUGCGCUGUGGUCAGUCAGAUUAACAGUGAUGUGCCGGAGAAAAUCGAAACUAUUAUAAUGUGGGCGGAUCCUGAUGAUGGUGCAGAAGAGAUCCAAGCUCAAUGGCACUUAUCCCUGUGGGCUCGGGGUCUUGUAACGCGCCCUUGCUCUACCUCUGUCACACCUGGGACCCAACGAGGUACAUAGGCACAAGGGAUAACCCUGACCCCAGGAAGUAGCUGACCCAGCGGAAGCAGUGGCAUCACCGGCGGUGUCCCGUUCCCCCUGCCACCCUGAGUGCACUGGCGUUGCCUCUGUGCCUGGGCGCGCUCAUCGGCGCCACGGCGGUGGGCAACGCGCUCGUCUGCCUCUCCGUCUGCCUUGUGCGGCGCCUGCGGCACCCGUCGAACCACCUGCUCGUCUCACUUGCUGCCUCCGACCUCUGCGUAGCCCUGCUGGUCAUGCCUCCCGCCAUGUACCUCGAGCUCUCCGGCCACCGCUGGGACCUGGGACAAGCAGCCUGCGAUGCUUGGGUGUCCAUGGACGUCGCCUCCUGCACCGCCUCCAUCCUCAACCUGUGCAUGAUCUCCGUGGACCGCUACCUGGCCAUCACUCGACCCUUGACCUACGGCGUCCGGCGCACGGCACGAAGGGCCUGGGCUUGCAUCGGUGCCGUCUGGCUCCUGGCGGCGCUGAUCAGCGUGCCCCCACUGCUAGUCCUGGGGAACGAGCACGGCACUCUCGAUGCACCCACCUGCCUCGUCUGCCAGCACCUCGCCUACCAGCUGUACGCCACGCUCGGAGCCUUCUAUAUACCCUUGGCCGUGAUGCUGUUCGUGUACUGGAGGAUCCACAGGGCUGCGAAGAAGGUCAUCGAAGCCGAGCACCGAGCAAGGCCUGGACCUCGCAGCAGGAGCCUGAGAGUCGUUCUGAGGGAACGCAAGGCCUCCAUAACGCUCGGAAUAAUCCUGACAGCUUUCACGGCCUGCUGGCUCCCUUUCUUCGCCCUCGCCCUGGUGCGGCCUCUUGGAGGCAAACCCCUUCCGGAGGUGGCGCACAGCUUCGCGCUGUGGCUGGGCUACGCCAACUCGGCGCUGAACCCGGUUAUCUACGUAACCUUCCACCACGACUUCAGGCGCGCCUUCCGGGACCUGCUGUGCUUCCGCUGCCAGACGCAGACGACCGGAAGCAGCACGACUGGGGGCGGAAGCAGCAGCGGCACGGUCAGACAGUUGCUGGGCAGCAGGGACAACCACCUCAACUCGUGGGCCUGACCGUGGUGGACGUCACCUGAGGACCUACGGGUCUCCAGGGUCGACGUGAAUCAGCUGAAAAAUAAGCACAAUGAUCAGGGUAAUCACCAAGAGACCAAUCAUCAUCAGAACAAUCGAGGCAGCACGUGCGAGCCGACCAACUCACCUGUCUCACCAUUGUUCGACUGACCCAAGGAGGCCGAACUUACAACUGCGAUAUCUGACGUGCGCUCGGAAA